CCCAUGAUAACAAGAGAGAAUCUAUCUAUCCUCUCUUUUUUCCUCUCUUUUCCUUUGUGGUUAUGGAAGCAAGAAUGUCUUUUCCUUUGUAUACUUCCAACCCACUAAAAACACAUUCUUGUCAUUUUCGUUCUCAUAUCAAUUCUCAUUGUUCUUUGUGACCAAAAGAGAUAGAGAGAUAGAGAGAGAGAGAGAGAAAGCUAAGAAAUAUGGAAGAAGAGUUUCAAGGGAGAGCAACAGAGUUACAACUGCAAUGCUACAGUGCAAGGAUUAUGUCCCCAGAGAUUGUCGAGAUUGGAGACGAAAGUAAGACGAUUAUCAGUAGCAGAGACGGCGGUGCAACCGAUGUUUACGUUGCCGUCGGUAAAGAUGAUAUAGAUGUGCUUAAAUGGGCCCUUGAUCAUGCUGUCUCACCUGGUUGUUGUGUCUUUCUUCUCCAUGUUUUUCCUCCUCUCACCUACAUCCCAACACCAGUUGGAAGAUUAGCAAGAAGCCAAUUGAGCCAAGAACAGUUGAGAGUGUAUAUCAAUGAAGAAAACAACAGAAGGAGAAAUCUACUGCAAAAGUACAUCCGCUUAUGCACUGAUGCCAAGGUGACAGUGGACACAUUGCUUCUAGAGAGCAACACAACAGCCAAAGCAAUCCUUCAACUAAUUCCAGUGCUCAAUAUCACUAAUUUGGUCAUAGGGACCAAAAAGCCACUUUCCUCAAAGCUACUGGGAAAAAGAAUGACCAAAGGAGAGUUUGUGAAAAAGAAUGCACCAGAAUAUUGUGAGGUUACUGUUGUUUAUGAAGGGAAGAAAGUGAAUGAGUGUCAACAGGAAAUGGGGUUGCUUCCUUCUUCUAAAGACUCUGGUCUUCGACAGCAGCGGUCUGGGAAGAACUUGUUCGAGUGCGUUUGCUUGUCGAGUAAAUCGAGUUGCGAUUAAUGGGUUGUGUUCUGUUAAGGCAAUGAAGAACACAACAAAGAAGAGGAUCACCAAUUUUACUUAAUUUUUGGUUUUGUUUGUAUAAAUCAAUUGACAUUGUGAUGAAGAAGGCUAAAAAGAAAUCCCAAAUGAGGUAGCUUUAAGUGAAA